AUGUCCUCCGCCAAGCGUCGCCGAGGUCCUCCUGCUUCAACAGGGCUUGGACUGAGCCCGGCACUUGCCCGCCCUCCCCGCGCCUGCACCUCCACCGCUGCCAGCCUCCCCGCCGCCGCCACGACCACCACCUCGCCCUCGCAGGUGCUCCAGAACUACCACCAGGACGCCAAGGCCGCCACCAACCGCCAGAUCAACCUGGAGCUCUACACCUCCUACGUCUCCCUGUCCAUGUCUUACUACUUUGACCGAGAUGAUGUGGCUUUGAAGAACUUCACCAAUUACUUUCUUCACGAAUCUCACGAGGAGAGGGAACAGGAGGAGAAACUGAUGAAGCUGCAGAAGCAGCGCGGUGGCCGGAUCUUUCUUCAGGAAAUCAAGAAACCAGACCGUGACAACUGGCAGAACAGGCUGAACGCGAUGGAGUGUGCCUUGCCCUUGGAGAAGAGCGUGAAUCAGUCACUCCUGGAGCUGCACAAGCCGGCCACUGAUAAGAAUGACCCCCACCUGUGUGACUUCAUCGAGACUCACUGCCUGGCUGAGCAGGUGAAGGCCAUCAAACAGAUGGGUGACCAUGUGACCAACCUGCGCAAGACGCGAGCCCCCGAGUCCCGCACGGCAGGGUACCUCUUUGACAAGCAUACCCUGGGGGACAGCGACAAGAGCUAACAUCACUAAGGCAGC